AUGUCCGACGAGGGCGCGCCUUCCGCUGAGGCUGCCGCAACUCGCGCCGCGAGCGCCAGAGACGCCGCGAGUGGCGGCGACGCGAGCGUGGAGAUUCUGGGAAGCAACUCGCGGCGCGUGAGCGCGCGCGUCGUGGUUCCCGCGAGUGCUGACGUGGUGUGGGGCGUGCUGACCGACUAUGAGCGGCUCGCGGAUUUUAUUCCGUCCCUGGCGACCAAUCAGAUGCUGCAGCGCCGAAGCAACGGAGCCAGGCUGCUGCAGGUGGGCGAGCAGGACGUGGCGAUGGGCAUCAAGUUCAGAGCCAAGGUGGUGGUGGAUGUGGAAGAAGGGGAGGAGGAGCGCCUGCCUCGUGACCUUCCCAGAAGCUUCAGCAGCACCGACUGCAGCAGCAGCAGCAGCAGCAGCGGAGAGGAGAGUGAUGCUGUGAUUGGUAGGGUGGGCGGCAGCAUUAGGAGGCGAUGCAUCCACUUCAAGAUGGUGGAGGGCGACUUUCAAAAGUUUGUGGGCGUGUGGACUCUUGAUGAGCAGCUGCCCGGCUCCCCCUCUGGCCCCACCACCCUCUCCUACUCGGUUGAGCUGACCCCACACUUCUGGCUGCCUGUGGCCUUGGUGGAGGGGAGAAUAUCCAAGGAGAUUAAAGCCAACCUCGCAGGGGUCAGGCAGGAGGCUUACAGGAGAAUCCAGGUGGCCUUGUCGCAAGUGUGA